AUGCCUCCAAAGCAAAAUAGAGUGCAAGGUGGCAAUGCCAAGAGUCGAGCGUCUGCCGUGCCGCAGGGAGGUCAGAGGAGAGCGAUUCAGGAAUUUGAGGGUAAGAGAGAUCAACCCUCUGCGACACACAUAAGAGCGGAGGCGCAGCAACCACAGUGGACCACGUACAGCUACAUAAAGGACAUUCUGCUGGAGGGAAGCACUCUCAGUUACAAAAUGAGGCUGAAUGAAUUCAUUCGGAGCUACUUGGGCGAUGAGUGGGUUGUGGAAAGAGAUGGGAGCGUCGUUAUGGAGAUGUUCGUGUUGGGACCCACGGUGUUUAUCCAGAACCAGCAGCUUCUUGAAUUGAUUUUUAAUUUAACUGCGUACCAAGAGCUGAAUGAGAGGAAAAUACUAUGGGAGGCUGUUUAUAAGCUUCACCACGAGGGUGUGCAUUUUCUCGAUCAAUGGGGGAAAUAUGAAGGAAAGAAUACGGUCGCUCCUGUUGCAAGGAGAAAACUAAACGCAGCUAUUUCUUAUGUAAUGAGAGAAGAAAGGCGUGAGGUGGAAGAAAGGCGUGAGGCGGAAGAAAGGGCAAGGCGAAGGCAAAAAUUAGAAUUGACCGUUGCCACCACGAUCAAAGAUGUGCUAUUUAGAGGAAGAGUUCGCGUCAUGGACAUGCAAUUGAAUGAUUUUCUUGUGAUGGAGUUGGACGGCAUGGGCAUUUUGCCCGCCAAUCAGAAUGUCUUGCUGAGGGAUUUUUUUAUUUACCCCACGAAGUAUAUCCGCGUUACGUUUUCACUGCUCAAAAUGCAGGAAUCGGAUCGUUACAAGAGGAUGGAGAGGGCUGUGAGGGACGAAAUGGAUAUGGAAGAGGAUGUACGCAGGCUUUGCGAGAAAGGUGUGGACACUCUACUGAAGUGGUCAUUAGCUGCCGAGGAGGUAAAGGCAAAUGUUCAUAACCUCACCAAACGUUUAUUGGAUGCAGCCUUCAUUGGAUUGAUGAGCUCAAUGACGAUGAGUGCGCCAAUUAAACUGGAGGGAUUGUACGAGUCUGUGUACAAUGCGAGGUGGCAUCAUGUCGUGGAACUUUCUGACGGCGAGGGGACGGGAAUUUAUGUGAGGGAAGGGGAAGCACCGCAGUCAUGGACGUACAAGACAGUUGACGACACCCUCGAAAAGGAUGACGGUGUGCAGCAAUCCGGUGCACCGCGUCUCAGGCUGA